ACUUUAGCUGCUAAAGUAUUGCUUGCUGUUUUAAAUGUAUAAAUGGGGUUUAAAUAUAAAAUGGCAUUCAAAGCUCCUCGUUUCCACAUGCUUGCACACCCCAUGAGCAGCAGAUAUGUGCUUGCAGCAUCAAAGGAGAACUUCUGAUGACAGAGGAAGGCAGUGGCGGAUGGGGUCUGACUGACAGAUAUCAGUAAGCUGCUGUCGCACGGAGGUUUCCGGAGUUGUUCUUCAACGGUCUAUCAUUCCACCGCGCAAUGAAGGAUCAAAACUACGGCGAAGAAGUUGCUAAAAUACUUGAGGAUGCCCCCUCUGCUCGCAAAGCACUUUUAGACAACUACAACAAUUUACACGAAGUAGCGAAGUAUUGCGAGAGCAACUACCUGCAGUCUGGAAAUGACACCAGCAAAGCUCUGGAGGAAACCAAGGCCUUCACUGCUCAGUCUUUGGCUAGUGUGGCUUAUCAGAUCAGCUCUCUGGCCACCAAUGUGCUCAAGCUUCUGGAUGCACAGACCCUGCAGCUCCGCAAGAUAGAGUCCUCCGUCAACCAGAUCGGACAGACAGUGGACAUGCACAGGGAGAAGGUGGCCCGCAGAGAGAUUGGCGCUUUCACAGUUGCCAAGAGGGUUUCACGCAGUCAUAAGAUUGUCCCCCCUGCAAAAAAUAAAGAAGCCACGCUCAAGUACUCCCGCACUCCCAUCUCUUUCUCCAGCCUGGACUCUGUUGGCCAUGGCGUGAAGGAUUCUGGCCAACCACAGUUAAAAACAGCUACCAUGACACGGAGCGGCAGCACGCUGAGUCGAGGCAGCCGUCCUCCAGAGCCUGUCCAGUGUCCUGUGGCGCCCACUCUGUCUCAUGGAGCGUCCCUCACCUCACUUAAUGACAAGUCUAUCGCGUCGAGCUUUGGUAAAGCCGUGCCGCCCCCUGUAGUGCCCAGCUGGCCCACCAGCCCUGAUGGUGACAUCAUCAGCACGCUGCUGGAUGAAGGACCACCCCCACUGAUGGAGGCAGAGGGUGAAAAGGAUCACGGGCAGAAGACUGAUCAACCUCCACCUCCACCUCCUCCCCUUGACUGUACCGACAUCCCCCCACCUCCACCCAUGCCUGCUUCAGUCAAUACAUCUGAUCCCAGCACCCUGAUAACCACACCACCACCUCCUCCACCAGCUCCACCUCUUGAAACAGUGGCCGAGGAGAAUGGAUUUCCUCUACCAGAAGCUCCCAGUGACAUGCCUCCUCCACCAGCCCCUGAUGCCCUUGAUCUUCCAACCCCACCGCCUCUGCCUGAUGAUGAGAACUUUGAAGCUCCGCGUUCUCGCCGGUCACGAGUGCGACGCCAUCCUCCUAGCUCUCGCUCUCUCUCUCUGAGGGUCCGCAUGGGCCCCAGCGCUCGCUCGCUGUACACACGCUCGCUUUUUCUGCCCUCUGCUCAAUCACUCAUGAUACCCCCACCCCCUCCAUACCCGCCUCCUCUGGCUCCGCCUGCUUCGUUCAGCCCAUUGUGCAGGAUCCCUGCUCGCCUAGAGCACCUGGACCUUGAGAUUCCAGCACCGCCCCCAUCUCCACCAGUAGAUGGUUUUGACAACUAUGAGGAUAUGCCCCCUUUACCACCCCCUAUUGAUUACGACAUAUCUGCACCAGCCGACUAUUUGGAGAAAGUGGUGGCACUAUAUACCUACGACACAGACAAGCCAGGUGACCUGCUCUUUCAGGAGGGGGACAUCAUCUACCUCACCAGCAGGACCGAGGAUGGCUGGUGUGAGGGGGUUCUGAAUGGAGUAAAGGGUUAUUUUCCUGGCAACUAUGUGGAGUCCACCGCUUAACUGGCCAUAAGAAUCCAGAAUGUCAGUAAAACAAUUAUUAGACAUACAAGGCAUCUUGUAU